GCAGGCUUUGGCAGAGUUCUGCUGGAGUGCCGCUGGUGCUGGAGUAAGAUGUAAAGAAAUGAACGGGAGCAAGCAGGGAGAGAGGCGACAUCUUCUUGUGCAGGGCUCAAUCGUUGUAAACGCGUUGCUAUCUACAGCCCUAAGUGCGAUCCUUUCCGCCUGCCGUCCGCUUACCGGGAAGGGAGAUCCGGCCCAAGGCCAAGCUCAGAGCUCGCGUACUUUUUUUCAAAUCCUGGUGUUUUAGGCCUUUACUCUCCUCGCCCUCCCCCGCAACCCCCUUUUCCUACUUCGCUUACCCUCCGGUUUUGGAGGGUUAAUGGUUUUCUGUCAGUGGUUUUCUGUCAUUUUUCCUUAUCCUCAUCACUUUAAGUUCUCUUUGAAAACGUACUUGAUCUGGAGAUAAAUCUGUUUUUCCUUGUAGCUAACCUUCUUUCCCUCAUAGGUUCUCAAAGUCUAAUGCAGUUCCUCUGUGGGACUCACCCCUUCCCCUCUCCCGCUCCCUCCGCAGCCCCAGCCUCCCUGCAGGAUCCUCCCGCGUCUCUGCAGCCUUUCAGUAUCCUGGAAACCGAGAUUGCAAAGAAUUUCAGUUGCUGUUGAAGUUCUUGGCCUCACGGUCCUAAGAGAAUUCUGCCCUGUAGAUUUAGAGUUGAUAAUAGACGUUUCUUUGUUUUAGGCGAACUGUGAAUUUGAUGGACCACACAUCCCCGACCUACAUGCUUGCUAACUUAACCCACUUACAUUCUGAACAACUUCUACAGGGCUUGAAUCUUCUUCGUCAACAUCACGAACUCUGUGACAUCAUUCUUCGAGUAGGUGAUGUUAAAAUCCAUGCUCACAAAGUGGUACUUGCCAGCAUCAGCCCAUAUUUCAAAGCUAUGUUUACUGGAAACCUUUCUGAAAAAGAGAACAGUGAGGUUGAGUUUCAGUGCAUUGAUGAAACUGCUCUCCAGGCCAUUGUGGAGUAUGCCUAUACAGGGACUGUUUUUAUUUCACAGGACACAGUUGAAUCUCUCCUUCCAGCAGCAAACCUACUCCAGAUAAAACUUGUCCUGAAAGAAUGUUGUGCAUUUCUUGAAAGCCAGCUUGAUCCUGGUAAUUGUAUUGGAAUUUCUCGCUUUGCAGAGACAUAUGGUUGUCAUGACCUUUAUUUGGCAGCCACUAAAUACAUAUGCCAGAAUUUUGAAGCAGUUUGCCAGACUGAAGAGUUUUUUGAGCUUACGCAUGCUGAUUUGGAUGAAAUUGUUUCCAAUGACUGUUUGAAUGUAGCUACUGAAGAGACUGUUUUUUAUGCACUUGAGUCUUGGAUCAAGUAUGACGUCCAAGAACGCCAGAAAUACUUAGCACAGCUACUUAACAGUGUACGAUUACCAUUGCUAAGUGUUAAGUUUCUCACUAGAUUAUAUGAAGCAAAUCAUCUUAUUCGUGAUGAUCGCACUUGUAAACAUCUUUUGAAUGAAGCUCUGAAGUACCACUUUAUGCCUGAACACAGACUGUCUCAUCAGACAGUCUUGAUGACACGACCUCGCUGUGCUCCCAAAGUACUUUGUGCAGUAGGAGGAAAAUCUGGACUGUUUGCCUGUUUGGAUAGUGUGGAGAUGUACUUCCCUCAGAAUGACUCUUGGAUUGGUUUGGCACCCCUAAACAUUCCUCGCUAUGAAUUUGGAAUAUGCGUUUUAGACCAAAAAGUGUAUGUUAUAGGUGGUAUUGAAACUAACGUGCGUCCUGGCAUCACUAUCAGAAAACAUGAAAAUUCAGUCGAAUGCUGGAAUCCUGAUACAAAUACCUGGACUUCUCUUGAGAGAAUGAAUGAGAGCCGAAGUACCCUUGGAGUAGUGGUACUUGCAGGAGAACUUUAUGCUUUAGGUGGUUAUGAUGGACAGUCUUAUUUACAAUCUGUAGAGAAGUAUAUUCCCAAAGUAAGAAAGUGGCAACCUGUGGCACCAAUGACUACAACAAGAAGUUGUUUUGCCGCAGCUGUGUUGGAUGGAAUGAUAUAUGCCAUUGGUGGGUAUGGUCCUGCCCACAUGAACAGUGUGGAGCGUUAUGAUCCAAGUAAGGACUCCUGGGAGAUGGUUGCAUCUAUGGCAGAUAAAAGGAUUCACUUUGGUGUGGGUGUCAUGCUAGGCUUUAUUUUUGUGGUGGGUGGACAUAAUGGUGUUUCACAUUUGUCAAGCAUUGAAAGAUAUGACCCUCAUCAAAAUCAGUGGACUGUGUGUAGACCAAUGAAAGAACCCAGAACAGGAGUUGGUGCUGCAGUAAUUGAUAACUACCUUUAUGUAGUGGGUGGUCACUCAGGGUCUUCCUAUCUGAAUACCGUGCAGAAAUAUGACCCUAUCUCAGAUACAUGGCUGGAUUCAGCUGGCAUGAUAUACUGUCGCUGCAAUUUUGGAUUAACUGCACUUUGACAAGUGUGGACUUGUGGAAAUAGCAUAGUGAUGAACCUUGUGCUGCAUGAAAGGAUGCCCAGUUUUCUGAAGCCCAAAAGCUACAUUGCUUCCUUUUUAACUUGAAAUGGCAUGGAGACUCAAAGUUUUGUUGGGUACUUUGAACUGACAAGUAGCUUUGGUUGCUCUUGAUUAUACAGUGAAUCGAUAAUCCAAGAAAAAAAAAAAAAA